CCCUCAAUGCAAGUCUAUGGGAGGGGGUGUGACAGUUAUCACUCCCCCUCCCAUAGACUUGCAUUGAGGGGCGGAACGUGACGUCACACGGGGGCGGAGGCGUGAGGUCACACGCCGUCGGCCCUGUGGUCGCCGCUAAUCGGACCCGUAGCGAACACGCUCCGGGGACUGAUUACAAACGGGGUGUCGCAUGCAAGAUCACGGGGGUCCUCAGCGGCGGGACUCCCACGAUCAGGCAUCUUAUCCCCUAUCCUUUCGUUAAUAGGGAUAGGAGGAGCGGAGGAGGGGUUAGAAUAGUUAAAGGGGUUCUCUGGUGCUUAGACAUCUUAUCCCCUAUCCAAAUACAAAAAUCAGCAUAUAUUGUGUGUAUGAAGGUUUGGUCAGACUAAUUUAAUCAUCUAUGAGGAGGUCAGGUAUAGAUUGGACCGGGGAGAGGUGUAUGAGGGAUCGGUCAGACUAAUCUGAUCAUCUAUGAGGAGGUCAGGUAUAGAUUUGUGGGGGUGAGGUGUAUGAGAGAUCAGUCAGAUUAAUCUGAUCAUCUAUGAGGAGUUCAGGUAUAGAUUGGUCCGGGGAGAGGUGUAUGAGGGAUCGGUCAGACUAAUCUGAUCAUCUAUGAGGAGGUCAGGUAUAGAGGGGGUUGAUAUAUUACAGGGGAGGAUAAUAUAAUACAACACUCGGCUCAUGGUUCUCUGACCUCUCUCCAGGAUGACUCCUCUAUAGACUCGGCUCAUGGUUCUCUGACAUCUUCUCUCCAGGAUGACUCCUCUAUAGAUUCGGCUCAUGGUUCUCUGACAUCUUCUCUCCAGGAUGACUCCUCUAUAGACUCGGCUCAUGGUUCUCUCUCUGACAUCUUCUCUCCAGGAUGACUCCUCUAUAGAUUCGGCUCAUGGUUCUCUGACAUCUUCUCUCCAGGAUGACUCCUCUAUAGACUCGUCUCAUGGUUCUCUGACAUCUUCUCUCCAGGAUGACUCCUCUGCAGACACGGCUCAUGGUUCUCUGACCUCUUCUCUCCAGGAUGACUCCUCUGCAGACACGGCUCAUGGUUCUCUGACCUCUUCUCUCCAGGAUGACUCCUCUAUAGACUCGGCUCAUGGUUCUCUGACAUCUCUCCAGGAUGACUCCUCUAUAGACUCGGCUCAUGGUUCUCUGACAUCUUCUUUCCAGGAUGACUCCUCUGCAGACACGGCUCAUGGUCCUCUGACAUCUUCUCUCCAGGAUGACUCCUUUGCAGACUCAGCUCAUUGUCAUCUGACAUAUCUCUAGGAUGACUCCUCUGCAGACAUGGCUCAUGGAUCUCUGACAUCUUCUUUCCAGGAUGACUCCUCUGCAGACACGGCUCAUGGUUCUCUGACAUCUUCUCUCCAGGAUGACUCCUCUGCAGACACGGCUCAUGGUUCUCUGACAUCUUCUCUCCAGGAUGACUCCUCUGCAGACACGGCUCAUGGUUCUCUGACAUCUUCUCUCCAGGAUGACACCUCUAUAGAUUCGGCUCAUGGUUCUCUGACAUCUUCUCUCCAGGAUGACUCCUCUGCAGACACGGCUCAUGGUUCUCUGACAUCUUCUCUCCAGGAUGACUCCUCUGCAGACACGGCUCAUGGUUCUCUGACAUCUUCUCUCCAGGAUGAUACCUCUAUAGAUUCGGCUCAUGGUUCUCUGACAUCUUCUCUCCAGGAUGACUCCUCUGCAGACACGGCUCAUGGUUCUCUGACAUCUCUCCAGGAUGACUCCUCUGCAGACACGGCUCAUGGUCCUCUGACAUCUUCUCUCCAGGAUGACACCUCUAUAGAUUCGGCUCAUGGUUCUCUGACAUCUCUCCAGGAUGACUCCUCUGCAGACACGGCUCAUGGUUCUCUGACAUCUUCUCUCCAGGAUGACUCCUCUGCAGACACGGCUCAUGGUUCUCUGACAUCUUCUCUCCAGGAUGACUCCUCUAUAGAUUCGGCUCAUGGUUCUCUGACAUCUUCUCUCCAGGAUGACUCCUCUAUAGACUCGGCUCAUGGUUCUCUGACAUCUCUCCAGGAUGACUCCUCUGCAGACACGGCUCAUGGUCCUCUGACCUCUUCUCUUCAGGAUGACUCCUCUGCAGACACGGCUCAUGGUCCUCUGACCUCUUCUCUUCAGGAUGACUCCUUUGCAGACUCAGCUUAUGGUCAUCUGACAUAUCUCCAGGAUGACUCCUCUGCAGACAUGGCUCAUGGUUCUCUUACAUCUCUCCAGGAUGACUUCUCUGUAGACUCAGCUCAUGGUUCUCUGACCUCUUCUCUCCAGGAUGACUCCUCUGCAGACACGGCUCAUUUUUUUCUGACACCUUCUCUCCAAGUGGUUUUUUUCCCCAUGGAUUAGGAACAUGGUCACAAAAGCGUUUAUAUGUAUCCUUCCAUUCCAUUACUAUGCUGGUGGUUCAGUGUGGGAGGUUUGCUUUAAGCAGUGGGGUCCUCCUCGGCCUUUCCCCAUACAUUCCAGAUUAGUUCAAAGUCCGGCAUAUUGUAUGGGAUGAAACCAUCGCUCUGAGUGUCUCCUGACUGUCUCUGGACAUUCUGUUGUCUUUUUGCCACAUUGUGACCAUUGUGUUCUCCCCUUAUUUCUUUCCACCACGUUCCGGAAGGUUCUGGACAGUUUUAUGAGACAAUUUACUGGACAAUAUGAAGCUGUUGCGGGGAGGCCGAGGUCUUAGGAGAUGGUUUAGUCCCUGUGUUUGGUGAUAAGAGUUUCUGCUCUGGUCUUUACCAUUGUGAAGAAGGGAAUAACACUGGAAUUCAUCAAAGCUGCCAUUCAUAGGGAAAUGACAGUCAUGUGACACAGGGUGGGGCAGGGAGGCUCAUAGAUCACAGUUAUAUCUUCAUAGAUCUUCAUGUUCUUCCAUUAGUUUUAAAGUUCAAUUCUUUUCUUUAUUAAUUUGGAUUCUGUCAUGUUACCUGGGGCCAAUAACUUUCACCACAUCUGUUACAGACCUGAAUUUUAUGAUCUGUAUUUAUAUCAGAUUUUAUGUAUGACAUAUAUGAAGCCAUUAUAUUCUUCAAAACAAAAACCUGAGCCCUUUUUAUGUUUUGUUUCUAAAGUUUAACCCCCUUGCCACAAAACGCCGUGUUUAUACUGUGCUGCGGCACAGGAGGGUUAUGAGCUGAGCUUGCAUCAUACCCGCACGGUCCCGGCAGCUAUCAGCAGCCAGGAACCGUGGCUAAUUCCAGACAUCGCCCUUCUGGCAGAUGUCCGGUAUUAAGUCUUAAGACACAGCGAUUAAAGUUGAUCGCCGCAUCGAAAGUGAAAGCUUCCCGGCUCAGUCGAGCUGAUUGGGACAAUUGCGGUAAAAUUGCGAUGUCCUGAUCAGCUAGAACGCAACAGGAGGGUGCCUUACCUGCCUCCUGCACGUCCGAUCGGCGAUUGAUUGCUCCAAGCCUGAAAUCCAGGCUUGAGCAAUCAACCGCUGAUAACACUGAUCAAUGCCUUGCAAUGCAAUGGCAGUGAUCAGUGUAAUGAAUCAAUGUACUGCAUGUUAGUCUCCUACGGGAACUAUAACA